AUGUCUCGCCCCAAAAAGAAGAUGUCCAAAAAGGAGCGUGCCCGCCUGGAGGCCGAGCAGGCCGAGCACCAGCGGAUGGAACUCGAGCGGGAACGCCAGCGGAAGAUCGAAGAGGAAAAGAUGCGCAAGGUUCGCGAGAAGGAGGAAGCGGAACGGAAGCAGGUGCAGGAAAUAGUAGCGAACAAACUGCGAAAGGUUCAGCUGGAAGAAAGCUACAAAUAUUUUUCCUCGAUUAUCGAAGAGGUGAAGCACUUUCACGCACAGCUGAAAAAGGAUCGAGAGUGGCAGCAGUACAUGCGAUGCAACGGUCUACCGAACGCAUUCGAUCCGGCCGAUUUGCGGAAAUAUUUGCACAUCUGGUGCGAUAGCAUACGGCAGUAUAACGAGCGGGAGCAGAACUGGCUGCUGAGCGCCAACGAGCAGAGCAUAUUGACACAGGACGUCAACGUGGUCAACGUGUCCCGGGAGGCCCUCAAGCAGCAACAGCCCGAGAUCGGUAACGUUUACGCCGCCAAAACCAAGGAAGUGCUCGGCAUCCUGGAGGAGAUAGACGACGCCCUGCACGACACGGAGAUGACAGCGGCGAUGAUUGAUGACCUGAACGAGAUGAAAACCGAAUUCCGGCGGGUGCUGUUCCACUACAUCGACGAAUUCGCGUACAAAAUUCUGUGCAACAUCAACCGGGACAUGACACUGACCGGACUGCUGGAGGUGACGUACAAGUACGAAUCGGACAUUUUCAAGAUGCAACUUUACGGUCUCCGGGAUAUGCCCACACCUCAGCUCAAUCCGAAGGAAAAAGCCAAAGAGGAUAGCAAGCACACCGAUAUCGACUUUCCGCUGCUGGGAUUCCAUCUGGUGCUGCCGGCAGCCGUAAAGUGCCAUCACUCAGCAAUAAGGGGUUUAUGGUUAAGUUAUGACCAUUUCAGCGACUAUUGUCCGACUUAUGAUAUGCCGUACCGCCAGGAUCAUCGUGCCGAUUUGCGGAUUAUUAGCCGUAUUGAGUGGAAAAAGCGGAAGGAAAUACUGAAGGCCGUCUACGAAGAGCCCCGUGAGAAGCGCCCGGACGAUUCGGAGGAUGACGAACGUUCGCACCAGUUCAUCGAUAUCGAUAAAAUCUACACCGAGCACGCGGACGAACUGAUGAAGAAGGAACGGGCCAAAAAGGGCGCCAAGGCACUGAGCCUGUUCGAGCACGACGUCAACAUGCGCAGCCAUCGCAUAAUUGCCGGUGUCUAUUGCAUCGAUUAUCUGGAGCAGCCGAUGCAGGACGUGAAAAUCGGAAAGAAAUCGCUGCUGCGAACCGUGCCCCAGCCGGGACAACUGACGAGAAGGAAAUUCUAUCAACCCUAUCGGCCUCCGCCGACACCCCAGCCCGGGGUGCGCCGCCUGCCGGAGGAAAUCGAAGCCGAGAUCAAACAGAUGGAGGAGAACCUCGACAAGCUGGCUCUGAUUACGCUGGAACUGCCGGAGAAUGUGUUCUGGUUCGAGCCACCGAUUGUGUGCCGCUGGGAACUGCGCGAGGAAACACUCGAGUCGGAACCGGGCUUCGCGCGCUACCUGGAGAGGCACAAACAGAUGGUACUGGCGGCCCGGGAGCGCAAAGCGAAGGCCUCCCGAGACCGGCGGACCAAGUACAUCGAGGAUUUCAACAUUCUCGACAUUCCGUCGCACGUGGCCCUCAGUGCGAUUGUUGCCGAUUUUGUUGUUCCGAAACUGCCGGAUAACUAUACGGUGAAAAUUGUCCCCCAGGACGACAGCAAACGGAGCCAGCGGAUGCUGAGCGGUAGCAGCAGCGGCAAGCGGUCACGUGAGAAAAAGAAAAAAGUCUCCAAAGUGCCAUCUGGCAUGGCUAUCACGAACAUAAUUUACGAGACAAAGAUUCCUUCCUAUCUGUUUCCGCCGGGGUGCGGAAACAAGAUAUUGAAAAUUUUCAACCGUAAGAAUAAACAAUGCUACCCGUCAGUGCCGGAGGAGGACAGCGACGAUCAGGGCGAUUACGAGGAGUCGGACAACGAGGGUGUCGGCAGCGGGGUGGCCAACGCCAAGAAUAUCUUUCUCGGAAGCAGCCGAAAGAAGCAGUACCUGUUUUCGAAAUUCAUGAAAGAUUUGGACGAUUUGAUUGACAUGAAAACGCCCAAAUUUGAUUACAAACUGGAGGAGAUUGUGGCAACGGUCGGCAAAGCCGAUCACGGCAGAACGAGCAUGCAGAUACUGCGCUCGGAGGAGCGGGCCGCCCGGGAGCGGGAACGCAAUCGGAAGGCACAGAAGAGCAAAUUCGAUUCGGAUGACGAACAGGUAGACUACGGCGAUAUCCUGGAGGUGGGCAACUACGUCAUGGUGGACCGGGAAAAGGAGUACAUGGGCAAGUGGACAACGCGGGACAUCCAUGAUGUGAAAUUCAAUGAGGACAAACUCACCAUCCAGUUCCGGAUCGGGCGGCUCGGUGCGUUCGGCUUCGCAGCCAAUCGGUACAGCAAUUUGCCCUACCAGACGUGGGAAAUGAAACCGGACAUUAAGAACCCGGGCAGUGUAACAUUCAGCCUAACCGCAGCGGUCGUCAGCACAGAAAUCACCAUCAGCGAGGCCGGCUUCCGGGUCAAUUCACUGCAGGGCGGCCCGACCCAGGCGCUGCAGGACUUCAUCGGCCAGGUACUGCCGCUGCGGAAAAUGGUUACCGCCCUGCGCCUGGCAGCGGUCGAUCUGUUCCCGGAGGAUGACGCCUUCAACUACUCGGAAGGUUCGUGCGAAAAGAAUCCCAUCAUGGAGUCGCACCUGUACGACUGCAUGGGACUGCUCGCGCUGACCCACAACUUCGGCUCGUCCCGGUGGAAUCUGCUGUCCGGCUGCCGGAUGUGCGUGCUGCUGAUGCGUGAAAUCAUCGAACAUCGUCGCGUGCCGAACCACUCGACGCUGCUGGUGACGCCGCUCAAAGCCACCAUUGUGGACUCGCUGGAUGUUUCGCCCGUUUUCAACACCACCCCGGUCGAGGGCAUGGGGCAUUACGCCGAUCUGUACCAUCUGGCAAGGGAGCACUCGCAGCCGUCAUCCAAAGUGAAACAGGAAGGGAUGAGCCCCAUCCUGCGAGACAAUGUCGUACAGCUGCUGAAGUCGGUUCGGCCUCUAAGUUUUUCGUAA